ACCUAGCAUCAUGGACGUCGAGUUUCCUGGAAGAGGAGUUGGACUUUUACCAAACCCGUCAAUUUAGCUACAUUUUCCCCUCAACGAGAAAUAAUCUUUAUGUCGAACAAAGAAAAGUACUCAUCGGAUGGUAAGGGCCGUCGUAACGAGUCCAGGAACUGUAGCCAAGAUGACGUUGGUGAUGACAGCGCAGACAUGAAGCGAGCUGCUGAGCAAAAGAUAAAGAACUAUUUCUUCCAGCUCACAGAUGGUUGUGGCUCCCAUGGAUGUAACAAUGAGUACUGUGCAUCAAGCGGGAGAAAGCAAACCUCAAAGGAUGAUGCUGCAGCCUUGGCUUUACAGUUAUUUAUGAAGAAGGCCCGUCUGUGUGAACCUCUGCAAGAUAAAAAUCACAAAGUUCCAACACAGGAGGCACCAUUUCUAACAGAAAAAUCGAUCUUGACAAACCUUGACUCAUUCUUGGAAGAGGGAAGCUACAAGAAACUUGUGCAUAACAUUGGCAUUGUGUUUUCUAGUUCUGAAUCACUGAACAAAAGUUUCCAGUUAGAUUCAUCUAGUAGAAAAAUUUCAGGGACCAAUGUUGACAUAGAGGCUGUGCGGCGUAUGUAUGCAGCCCUGUUUAAAACAGGUGAUUCCUCCGUUGAAAACUCAUUGAUUAAUUCCCUGGUUGCCCUAUCUCCAACUCUCGAAAUGGAACUGCGAAUCAAGUCACCAAGCAACGACCCAAACUUCUUGAAUCAGUUUGUGAUUAUCAUGGAAAACACCAUGUUACAGAGUCCAGAAUAUUUAGAUCAAGCUCUUCCUAGUUUUCUCAAGGCCAUGGCACUUCUUUCUGUUAAACAACAAGCAAACUUAGUCCAAAUCUGGUCACAGUUUUCAAGUCAGGAUAUUCGACGUAUGGUGGAAACACUUCAGCAACUUGUGACAUACCAAGUUUUAACAGGACCUUGUGCUACAAGCAAUGCACCUGUACAAGAGGAUGAAGCGAUUGUAGCAGCAACCAAAGUCAUGAAACUUCUGUAUUAUGCUAGUAUAAUGGGUGGAAUCUCUGAUCAAAUUUGUGUAAGCAACAGUCAUGAUGGAGCCAUGGGAAGUGAUAAUGAAGAGGACCCUUUGGUUAAGGAAUUGAAAAUAGAUGUGCAAGACUGUCGCCAACCAUUAGUUAAACACCAAGAGUUUGUUAACGAUCCGUUAAAUGACCAAAUUGAAGUUGAUCGUGACUAUACUUACUACAAACAUGAGAAGGGUACUAAGUUUUCUUUUCUGAAAUACAACUUCAUCCUUUCUACGGCUACAAAGAGUGUGGGUUUGUUUUAUGACAAUCGGAUACGCAUGUACAGCGAGAGACGACUGACUAUACUGUACAGUCUUGUUAGAGGCGAGCAGGGAACACCCUACUUAAAACUAAAAGUUCGGCGAGAUCACCUAAUUGAAGAUGCACUUGUUAAUCUUGAAAUGACUUCCCAAGACAACCCUGGUGAUCUAAAGAAGCAGUUGUAUGUUGAAUUUGAGGGAGAGCAGGGAAUUGAUGAAGGAGGAGUGUCUAAAGAAUUUUUUCAGUUGAUUGUUGAGCAAAUAUUCAACCCAGAUUAUGGGAUGUUCACCUUUGACGAGGCCAUGCAUUACUGCUGGUUCAAUCUGAAUUCAUUCGAGACAGACAGCCAGUUCUUUUUGAUUGGUUUGGUCCUGGGCCUGGCAAUUUACAACAACGUCAUUUUGGAUGUGCACUUCCCAAUGGUUGUGUACAAAAAACUUUUUGGCAAGAAAGGAACUUUUGAAGACCUCAAGGUUUCACAUGCGGGUCUUGCUGCUGGUCUCCAGGACAUGCUUGAUUACAAGGGUGACGUUGAAGGUGACUUUAUGUGCAGUUUCACCAUUGGCUACACAGACAUGUUUGGCAUGUCAGUGACAAAGGAGCUGAAGAAAAACGGUGCAGAGAUCAGUGUUACCAAUCAAAAUAGACAGGAGUUUGUGGAUUUGUAUGCUGAUUUCAUCCUGAACAAGUCUGUUGAGAGGCAGUUUAAAGCGUUUCGACGUGGCUUUGACCUGGUGGUGAGUGAGUCACCUUUAAAGACGUUCUUUCGUCCGGACGAGGUGGAGUUGUUAGUAUCUGGCUGCCAGGAUUUCGACUUUGAUGCACUUGAGAAAUCUACUGAAUAUGAUAAUGGUCUUUCCGAAAGCUCAACAGUAAUAAGGUGGUUCUGGGAAGUGGUACACGAGUUUACCCUGGAGCAGAAGAAGCAGCUGCUGAUGUUCGCAACAGGAAGUGACAGGAUCCCCGUCGGUGGCUUCUCUAAACUCAAACUUGUCAUCGCCAAGAAUGGCCCCGAUUCGGACAGACUUCCAACCGCGCACACAUGUUUUAAUGUGCUCCUUCUCCCGGAAUACUCCAGCAAGGAAAAGCUUAAAGAAAGGCUACUGAAAGCCAUUACUCACGCCAAGGGUUUUGGUCUGUUGUAGCUGAAUCACAAUUGCAAGGAUAUAGUGUUCCCCUAUGAACAUGUAACUGGCAAAAUGGGGUGUCAGCGUUUAAAAGAAUGCGAUCAGAUGAAGACUCUGUUAUAUGAAACUGAAUGUUACCGCUUAAUAAUAACAAUAAUAAUAGUGAAAUCUUAGCCUCAAGUACUGAUUGCGGACUACUCAUGGUUGGCAUACAUUAGUUUAUCCUCUAAGUAACAAGAAUGUUUCCGCGUCAAUUUGCACACACGUAGAUUUUUCCGAGUUGGGUGUUUGACAGGGAAACAUUCGUAAUUCGUGUAUUCCAUUGAUAGUGCCAGGUAUGCCGCGAGUUGUGAUACUUUAAAAUUUUAUCUCAGGACUUAAACCAUUCACCAAACAGAUGUUAUGACGAGAAAGACUGAAUACGGAAUCUACGGCUCUUCUGUUCUGAUUAGGAAGGGUAUCAUGGCUUAGCGUAAAUGUAGGGAUUAAUAAGUGUCAUUUAUUUCUGCUGUUCCUGCAACUGUCGAAGAGUUAGUUACCUACAAAAUGGGUGAGAUCGGACGCGAAAAACUUGUAGGCGAACUUGACUGUUCUCAAAAAGUUGUUUCACCCAUGCAUACUAACGAACUCCACGGUUUUUCGAGGACUUUUCGAGUCGAUGAACUCUACUCUUCUUUAUUCCAGAAAUUCUAGGUAGUCUUUGAUUAAACUGUGCAUUUAACAGUCAUCUGCCGCAAAGUGUAGGACUUUAAAUAGAAUCUUCGACUCGAUUGGAUGAAUUUCUGUUCAUGCGCCAAAAAAAUUAGACUAGUUUCUUGAACGUUUGCUGAACCAUGAAACUGCAUCAAGCUCUCUUUAGGCUAACACUAAAAGCAACGUUAUUAGAGAACACAAAAGGCACAGAGUAACAUGCAGCGCGCGCGGGCCAGUAAAAAUUCGCGUGAAGCGUGGUGAAACCACCCAACUAGUAUCUUUGAGGAGUCGGCAUGACUGACUUAAGGUGAAGUUUACGGCUUUGGUGCUGCAAUUGAGUACUGUGGAGGGACGUCUGUGUAGGGUUUGUCCAUUUUAGUGUAGUAUUCCUUAUGUUCUGAAAGAAUUUCCACUUGUAGGGAUACAUUUACUGGUAAAGAUGUUCAGUGGUCAUCAUAGAUGAAAAAAGUGUUUUUAACUUUCCGUUUUAUGAAGUAAUUAAAAUUGUAUUUUUGAAAUUAAAGUAUGCAGUAAUAUUGUCCUUGGAAAA